AUGUAUCGUCCAGAUGGGGGCGCUGCGAGGACUGUGAAAGUGAAGGCCAUCUUCUUCCUACUACUACUUGGCGGCCAUGAGGCCGUGCGUGUGGAGGAGCAAGCUUCCCAGACUGCUGCAGUCAUGUCCCUUUUCGGUGAGCCACCUGACUCAGCUUCCGAAUGGGCAGACAAGUAUCGCGAGGCGAACAAAGUCUGCAAGUGGUCCACAACGUCUUGGAAGUGUGUUGGAGCCGAUGGAGGCUGCGCAUUGAGAAGCUUUCGCUUAGACCGGCCGAGGCCUUUCAACGACCAGUGCCGGCUGAGUGAUGACUACCUCAUGAAGCACGACCCGCAAACGAAUUUCAAGAUGAUGGCGGGCCUCCUGAAGGCCAAGGCCGACAAGUACAAGGAGAACUGCAUGGGUCGCUACCACUGGGCCAAUCCCAAAUGCAAGCGAAGGAUGCAGAUGAUGACGGAUGCCCUGCGGUUCAUGUCGAAAGCCCGAGCCAAGAAGCAGUUCUUUUCCAGCAUGUCAGAGGCAGACUGGAAGGCUCAACAGCAAGUCUAUGAGGACACCUUGGAGGAUCUCAAAGGUGUGCUGGGCGAGGAAGCGGGCAUUGCAAUGCGCCUGAAGGAGAAGAUCCAGGCCUCUCCUGCGCUGAUGAAGGAUGGGGAGGGCGCCGUCAAGAAGAUGAUGAGCCUGCUGACGAAGCUCACGAUGGGCACCGAGGAUGAGAAGGCGGAAGCCAAAGCCGAAAUUGAGAAGAUGCCCGACUCCACCCCUCCACUGAGCGCAGAGGAGGAGAAGGAAUGCCAGGCCAAGGCGCUCGAAACAACGGCUUCGCUUGAAGAGGAAGGCAUCGACAAUGACAUGGACUCCGUGGAAUUGAUCGCCGGGGACGAGGUUGAUGAUGAAGAUGAUGGCAGUUCCGCCCUUGUCGAGCUCUCGGCAAACAGCACGUAUAUGACUGGAGGCCAAAGCGCGACCGUGUUUGCGCUGAUCAUCCUUGGCAUAGUCGCCAUUAGUGCCUGGCAAGCGGCGGGAGUACUCCUCGGAGUAUUCAUCUUCUUGACUAUGGUGGGCUGUGUCGGUGUUGCCGGCUACAAUGCUGCCAAAGGGGACUCGAAGGAAGAAGCCGACGCCAAAGCUGACGGAGCUGUGGUGAAGAGGUCAGGCGGGGUGAUCAGCGGGGUCGGCAAGCUCAUGUUCGGCUAUGGCAAGUGCGUUGCAAAAGUGCUUCUGUACCCUGUCCGGGCCGUUGGUGCGUUUGUCAAGGCCAUCUUCAGCAACGAAACCAGCAACCGUACGGGAGGAGCUGGAUUUGCGGUUGGCUUUGGAGGUCCGCGCUAG